CGGCGCUCGCUGCUCUCGUUCUGCCUUCUCCUCUCCAGGACCCGCAUGAGACAGCACUCCGACUUUAGCGACGCCUUCGGGCCGCUCUCCUCGAAGCGGCGACGCGGGACCAACUUUGCGGCGGUGCGGCGGCGGCUGCCGUGGCUCUUUAUAGCGCUGCUCCUCGUUUACGGCCUCUCCUUCCUCUGGGGCGGCGCAGAGCACGCCAGCGGCGGCAGCGACCCGGCGAUGGAGGCGCUCGGCAUCAAGAUGGUGCAGCAGGCCCGCGGCAAGGUGUCGGAGCCGGGAUGCGACCGCGGCGCGGCUGGCGCACAGGCGGCGUCUGGCUCUGCGAUGGCGGGAGACUUCAAGUCGCUGCGCCCUAAGUCUGACAAGGUCGAGCUACGCGCGGCGGGCGCCGCUCUCGACGGCGCCUCCCUCUCCCUCGCUGCUUGGGUGCUGCCGCCCGCGCCUGCGGACGGCAAGGUCCUCUCCAUCCAGACCAUCGCCUCCACAAAGGCCUCCGGCUGCGCCGUCGACGCGGAUCACCGGGGCGUCGCCGUUUUCCUCAACGAGUGGCAGACCAAUUCGGGCCAGCUCUACCUCUCGUGGGGCUCCGCCGCGUCGGGCUGCGAGGAGAUCGCCACCGCGGUGAACAGCGUCAAGCCAGGCCGUUGGACGCACGUCGCUGCGACGCUGUCGGCGUCGCGCGCGCGGCUGUACGUCGACGGCGAGCUGCUCGCGGACUCGGAGCGGGACGGCAGCGGCAAGCUGCUCGGGGUGGACAACUUUCACCACGGCGGAGACCAGUCCGCCGGGGUGUCGGACCGGCUCUUUCGCGGCGGGGAGACGGCGCUCCGCGGGAGCCUCUCCGGUGUUGACGAGCUGGAGACGGUGCCGAUCGCGCAGGUGGUGCCUAAGGAGGACGUGGCGAUCAGCGCGCGCUACGCGGAGGUGAACGCGUCCGAUGCGCUGGCACGGGUGCGGCUGGAGGCGGUGCGCGGCGCGUUCAAGCGCGCGUGGGGGGCGUACCGGAAGCACGCGUGGGGCAUGGAUGAGAUCAAGCCAAUCAGCAACAAGUCGCACGACUGGCUGCACUUGGGCGCGACGAUGAUCGACUGCCUCGACAAUCUGUGGAUCUUCGGGCUCAAGGCCGAGUUUGACGAGGCCAAGGAGUGGGUUGCGACCAAGCUCAGCUUCAGCCGCGCGGUGGGCAUCUCGAUGUUUGAGACGGUGAUCCGGAUCAUCGGCGGGCUGCUCUCGGCGUUUGAGCUGUCGCGCGAGGCGGUGUUCCUCCGCAAGGCGGAGGAGCUGGCCGGCCUGAUGAUGUACUCGUUCAAGGCCAACCCCGAGACGGGCGUGCCCUGCACCACCAUCUCGCUCGACGGGUCGCGCCGGUGCACCUUCCCCACGUGGACGCAGCGCAACGCAAUCUUGGCCGAGUUUGGGACCAUCCAGCUCGAGUUCAAGUACCUCGCGCACCACACCGGCCGCAAGGAGUUUUGGGAGGUCGCGGAGCGCCAGAUCCGCAACGUGCGCGGCCGGACGCAGCCGGCCGGCCUGUACCCAAACUUUAUGUCGCCGAAGACGCUCCGCUGGACGACGACCAAGGUGUCGAUGGGCGCGCUCGCGGACUCGUUCUACGAGUACCUGCUCAAGCAGUGGCUGCUCACGCAGCGGACGGAGCCGUACUUGCGCACCAUGUUCGACGAGGCGAUGCUUGGCAUGGCGCGGAGCAUGGUCGCGCGCUCGACGCCGUCCGAGCUGGUCUACAUCGCCGACUACGUGAGCGAGGGGAAGCUCGUGCACAAGAUGGACCACCUCGCCUGCUUCGCCGGCGGGAUGCUCGCGGUGGGCGCGCAGCACGGCGGAGAGUUCGACCGCGAGUACAUGACGCUCGCCGAACGGAUCGGGGAGACGUGCUACGAGUUUUACCGGCGCACGACCAGCGGCCUCUCGCCCGAGUUCAUGUCGUUCGUCGGCGGCUCCGAUCCGAAGGUGCCGCGCAACGCCGCGUACAACAUCGGCCGGCCUGAGGCCGUCGAGACUUUCUUCAUCAUGUGGUACUACACCCGCGACCCAAAGUGGCGCGAGAUGGGCUGGGAGGUCUUUUCGAGCUUCGAGAGGCACGCGAGGACGCCGUCGGGCUGGGCGGCGCUGAAGGACGUCAACAACCCGGCCAAGCUCGACGACAAGAUGGAGUCGUUUGUGCUGGCCGAGACGAUGAAAUACCUGUUCCUGCUCUUCGACUCAUCGUACCCCAUCCCGCUCGACAAGUACGUCUUCAACACCGAGGCGCACCCGCUCGGCACCUUCGACGCCUCCGCCUUCACCUCCGCCGCACCGCCGAAGAGGAGAUGACACGCCCGCGGCGGCCGAUCGGCGUGGCGGCCGGCGCCGCCUCUCCGCGCCCCUGCCGGCGCGCUCGGGUUGCCGUGGCAUCAGUCUCACAUCGCGAGGAGCCGCAGCACUUGCGCGCCGCGCCGUCGUGCGCCGGACCGCGGAAGCCCCACAGCCUCCUGUGCCGUUCUGUUUGUACGUAGUCCUCGCCUUCUCUCUUCCUCGGCCGAUGGGAGACGGACAGAGUGAAACAUGUUGAAGAAUCGUAUUCGUUUGG